AACAGAAAAAAGGGGUCUUUAUGAUUAUUGUUGAUUUCCUUUUGGUGCAAAGCAAACAGCAAGUCUUAACUGGCAGAGAUCUUUAAGUUGCAUGAGUUGGAGCUGGAACCAAUUUGCCUGUGCAUGAAUAUAUAUACAUACUCAGUGCCUAUAAAAAGUACCAAAAUAUACAGGCAUAUUUAAAUGGGCAACGCAGCUUCUUGCACACCUUCCUUGACAGCCAAUGGGGUCUUCAAGGUGUUGUUCUUGGAUGGGAGGUUAGAGUCCUAUACAAAACCAAUCAGAGCUGCAGAACUGAUGCUAGAAUACCCUGGACAGUUUGUUUGUGACUCUACCUACCUCAAAGUGGGACACCGCAUUCAAGGGCUGUUAGCUGAUGAAGAACUCGAAAGGCGCAAAUUUUACUUCCUUCUACCGAUGGAGCUUCUCUACUCUGUGCUAACCCAUGAAGAAAUGAGCUCCCUUAAUUACAAAGCAUCAAGGGCAACCAAGCAUGCAAGCUUUAACAACCUGGGAAAGAUUUUUCCAGUUUUCAGUGAAUUUUGCAUGUUCCCUUCGGAGCUUAAGAGAUUAGAAGCUGCGAAUCAGGUGAUAAGGGAGCCAGAACCAGUUGAAAGGUACUCCAAACAGAGAUCUUGGAGACCAGCGCUGGAAACCAUUGAUGAAACUCCAUGAUGCAUGUUCAUUUUUCUUCAUUUGUGUCGGGCAGAAAUUCUUGGACAUUCUUUUCUACUUUUUUGUAAUCAUACCUUUACUUAGAUGUUAGAAUUAGUUCAUAUAUUUUUAUUAUAAACCAAAAUAUCUGAGCUGCGCGGGAUGGCAUGUAAGCUUGAUGAA